GUGGGAGGAGGGUGGGCGGGCGGAGUGGCAGCUUGGCGGUGGAGUGGGUGGCGGUGGAGUGGGUGGCGGUGGAGUGGCGGGCGGUGGAGUGGGUGGCGGUGGAGUGUGGCGGUGGAGUGGGUGGCGGUGGGGAGGAGCUUGGGCGCAACGACGUGGGUGUGGGUGCGGACGGUGGGGGGGUUGGGGCAUGGGGGGAGUGGUACGAGGGGGAGGGUGGAGGAGCGGCAGAGGACGAAUGGGAAGGAGAGGGAGGGGAGGAGUGGGGGGGAGAGGCGGGGGAGGGGGAGGAGGACUAUGAGCUGGGCUAUGCUGCCGGCCUGGCAGCUGCUCGUGAGGCCCUCAGACAAGCCUCUGCCACCACUAUCGCCGCCGCUGCUGGAGGAGCAGUAGUUGGUGCUGGUGGGGCGGCUGUUGUUGGCGCUGCUUCCACGGGUUCCGUUGACGAUGGGACAGCAAGCGGUGCUGCGGAGGCAGGCAUGGAUGUCAUGCUGCCUCACCACCCGCCUGCUGCAGCACCACGGGGCGCAGUGGCUGCUCCUCACACAACGGAUGGGCCUCAUGUGCCCGCGGCAGCAGCAGCAGCGGCAGCGGCAGCAGCGGCAGCAGUAGCAGGCGACAGUGCAGGCGAGCAGGAAGAGGCAGGCGGCGGCGGCUGCGGCGGCUGCGGCAGCAGGCGACGCGGCGGGGGAGACGGGGGAGGGAGCAGGAGCGGGCGGCGCAAGCCCGUGGACGUGAGUGUGAAGCGUGCCAUCUGUGAGCUGCGGCGCCUGCGACCCGGCAUCACCGUACCGGGCAUCAUGCACGUGUGCCGCGUCAAGUACCCGCACAUGCGCCUCAUCCCCUCCCACGUGCGCGGCAUCCUCGACAACGCGGCCCGCUGGAGCUCCGCGCUGGCGCAGCGCAGCAGCAAGAGCGUGCGCGCGCCUGAGAGCAUGGCGCUGGAGGAGGCGCUAGUGGCGUGGGUGAGGGACAUGAAGGGCGGCCCCGGCGCCACCAAGGUGCAGCUGCAGGCCAUCUGCGCCAAGGGCCGCCAGCUGGGCCCGUCCUUUGGCCUCUCGCCCUCCUUCAGGUACAGCAUCGGGUGGGCGUGGCGCUUCCAGGUGCGGUGGGGGUUCACAAAGCGGGACCUGGAGGAGGAGAGGGAGGCGUACUUCAAUGACGACCCCGCCGCCGCCGCCGCCGCUGGUGCUGCUGCUGCAGCAGCGGGCAGUGCGGAGGCGUCGCUGGUGGCGGUGGCAGAUGAGAUCUUUGGCGCUCAGAUCCUGGUGGCGCGCACUCAUGGUGACGAUGCGGUGGAUGGGGAGGGGCAGGGGGGGGAGGAGGAUGGAACGGGUGAGGGUGGAAGGGGACGAAGGGGAGGGAGGGGAGGGAGGGAAAGGAGGGGAGGGAGGGAAGGGCGGGGAGUAGUGGGAAGGGCGGGUGGAAGGGAGGGAGGGAGGGGUGCGUGUAGGGGGAGGAUGAGGGUGGUGAGGCGGGACACGUCUCUGACGGCCGGCAGAGAGGUCAUCGACCUGGAAGGGGGUGAGAGGGGGGAGAGAGAGGGCAGGGGCGAAGGUGGGGAGAGGGUUGAGAGGGGCGAAGGGGCAGAAAGGGACGAGGGGGGCGAGGGGCAGCUGGGGCGGCGGAGGGGCCAGGGCGGGUCAGGGGAGCGGGCGCAGCAGGGCAGGGAGCAGGCAGGUGGGGGGGCAGGCGAGGAGGGCGAUGGGGACCGGGCGUCACAGGCAGAGGCAGCAGAGGCAAGUGGAUGGCCGGGCGGAGCAGAUUUGCUGGCAGGCACAGCAAGAGGCGCAGCAAGGGAGCGGGCGAGGAUGAAGGCAGCAGGCAAGGCGGCACGCGCGGUGCAGCCCAGCCGAGAGCUGCUGGCGCUGGCACUGGCAGAGGCUGGCGUGGAAGGGGAGCAGGCGGGUGCAGGCAUGCAGCGAGCAGGUGGGUGUGACUCUGAUGCUGCAGUAGCCACCGUGGCAGCAGAGGGAGUCAGAAGGGCGGCGCCGCCAGCAGGGGCAGCAGUGAGGGGUGCAGCAGCAGCAGCAGCAGCAGCAGCAGCAGCAGCAGCAGCAGCAGCAGCAGCAGCAGCAGCAGCAGCAGCAGCAGCAGCAGCAGCAGCAAGAGUGGGAGGGGCGCUGGUUGAUGUGGAGGCGGCAGUGGCAGCAGCAGGGGACCUCCGCCAGGACCCCCCCAACGAUCACGCCAGUGGUGGCGACGGCCGUGCUGGUGAUGCUGGCAGGCGGCACGCGGAGAGGCAGCGUGCUGCAGGGAGGGAGAAGCGGGCGCCUGGUGGGAUUUGCAAGCACCGGGCGGCAAUCAGUCUGCGGCUGAAGCGAGUGAUCUGCAUGCUGAGGGCCGCCCGCCCCGACAUGCCGCCCAAAGACAUCCUCCGCCUCGUGCACCGCGCCUUCGCUGCCACCGCCCGCCAUCCCCAAGCAACCCCCACCACCACUUCCACCACCGCCACCUGUGCCACCACCGCUGCUGCUGGCAGGGCAGCGAGCUUGGCAGCAGGGGGAGUUGCGGCGGGUAGCGUGGAGGCGGCGGGAGCGGCGGCGCUGGAUGUGGCGGCGGUGCGGCGCAUUCUGAGGAAGAGCCACGUGUACCUCGCCCUGCCCGCCCACGGCGCCACCCUCAUCCGCCACAGAAGCGGCGCGCACCCCCAGGUGCAGGCGGCUGUGGCGGCGUGGGUGCGCGCCAUGGAGGCAAGGUACGGGCGAGAGGCCCUGCGGUGGGAUGAUGUCUUGGAGUAUGCGAGACAGGUGGGGCCGCACUUGGGCGUGGGAGAGGGGUUCCGGUAUAGCCGCCACUGGGCUCGCAAGGCCCUGCUGCUGCACGGGCUGGGGAGCAACUGGGUCAAGCAGGUGGAGCGGGGGAGCGGGAAGAAGAAAGGUAAGGAGAGAGGAGAUGGGGAAGAGUUGUUGCUUGAUGCGGGGGGAGAGCAGCAGCAGGAGGGCCCGCUGGACCGCCUGCAGCGCCUGGCGGAGCAGUGGGCUGCAGAGCCACGCACGCCGGGGCAGGCGCAGGGGCGCACAGGGGAGGGGGCGGAAGGCAGGAAGCGGCGGUGGCGCCACACGGUGGUGCCUCCCGCUGUGAAGCUCGCCAUUUGCGCCCUCGCCCGCGCCCUCCCCUCCCUCCCCUCCAAGGCCAUCGCCCGCGUUGUUGGCGCCAGGUGCGUUGUGCCGCUGUUGGCGCCAGGUGCGUUGUGCCGCUGUUGGCGCCAGGUGCGUUGUGCCGCUCUUGGCGCCAGGUGCGUUGUGCCGCUGUUGGCGCCAGGUGCGUUGUGCCGCUCUUGGCGCCAGAGUCCUCUGUCCUUUCUCGCUCUUAUUGCUGCUUCUGGUGCCUUCCACAUUCUCUUGCCUCCCUCUCACCACCCCUUUCUCUCUCUCCCUUCACGCUCCACACCUCCCCACCCUGUGGGUCCCUCCCCCUUGGCGUGGCGUGGCGUGGCAUGGCAUGGCAUGGCAUGGCAUGGCAGGUACGGCGUGCGGCUAGCAAACGUGUGGCUGCCAGCGGUGCUGCUGAGGGAGGACGACUGGAGGCAGCUGGUGCAGCUCUCCCGCGCUGGCAGGCCGGGCGCCAUCAGACUGCGCCCUGCUGAGACCCGCCUGGAGGAGGCUCUUGCGCUCGCAGUGAGGAAGGCUAUAGCGAGGGGGGAGGAGGACAGGCGAGCUGCAGGGAGCGGUGGGGGGGGCGAGGUGGGGAGCAGAGGGGGGCCGGGGGCGGAGCAGCAGCAGGUGUGUGUGAGGGCGGUGCAGGAGUGGUGGGGCGAGGGGGCGAGGGGGCGAGGGGGCGGGCUGGGUGGGAGGAGAGGGGCGGAAGGCCGGGCGGAGGACGAGUUUGAAGAAAGGGGGGGAGAGGAGGGGGAGGAGAGUGAGGGGCAGGGAGGAGUGAGGGCGAGGAUAAGGGGGAUACUGGACGAGCGGUGUGAGGUGAAGAAGGAGGAGGUGGCAGCGCUGGUGGCGCUGGCAGAGGAGCAGCGGGAGAGGCGCGCUCAGAUCCAGGCGAGUGGGCGCCGGCUGACUGACGUGCGCGAGGAGGAGUGGAUAGAAGGGGGGCGGCAGGAUGGUGGCGUUACUGGUGACAGCGAGGGUGGCUUUGACGACACGGACAAUGAUGGUGGUGGUUUUGACACGGACAAUGAUGGUGGUGGUUUUGACACGGACAAUGAUGGUGGUGGUUUUGACAUGGACCAUGAUGGUGGUGGUUUUGACACGGACAAUGAUGGUGGUGGUUUUGACACGGACAAUGAUGGUGGUGGUUUUGACACGGACCAUGAUGGUGGUGGUUUUGACACGGACCAUGAUUUUCACCUGCCCACCCUCCAUUCGCAUACAAGCCUGCACGCUGCUGCCACUGCUGAUGCUUUCACUCGUUCUGUCGCUGCACAAAGUGCUGCACCUGCAAAUGCCACCACUGCUGCUGUUGCCACUGCUGGUGCUGCCGCUGCGAAUGCUUCUGCUGCUGCCCCUACACAUGCCCCCAUGACCCCGCCACCUCAAGUGAGCACGCUGCUGGCAUCGCUGGCCGGCGUGCGGGUGGCAUCUGCCGCCCAGGCCGCCCCACAGCUGCAGUGUGCGUGGGCUGCCCUUGCCGCAGCCACCCCCUUCCCCGGGAAGCUCACAGCCCACCGGGUAGCAGCGGUGGGGCGCGCAUGGCGGAGGCUUGAGAGGACCCGCGUGGUGGUGUGGGAGAGGGGUGAGGGGAGUGAGAGCAGUGAGGAGUGGGAGUCGAAGGAGGGGAUAGUUGGCAUGGUGGCAGGGAGGAGCGCAGGAGGGGGCAUGCCUGGUGGGCGAGGGCGGAAGAGAAGGAGGAGCGGGGAUGUGCAGGACGGUGUGGUGGUGCAUGCCUGUGAUGGCAUCCCCGCUCCUUCUCAUCACGGGGAUGUGCAGGGCGGGGUGGUGGCAUCACGGGCCAGGGCAGCAGCAGCGGGGAGUGGGGCGGCCAUGGCAAGCAGGGGAGCAGCAGGCGGAGGGCAGUUGACAGCGGGCGGGCAGGUGUCAGCGGGCGUGGCAGCAUCGCUGCUGGCCCCUGAGCUCAUAGUGGCAGCAGCCCUCCGAGCUGCUCUCGCUCCCCACCCCAUGCCUGCCCCUUUUGCUGCUCACGCCCCGCGCUUCCCUUUCCCCCACGCUGUGCCACCAGCCACCACCGCACUCCACUCCCUUGCACAUCUGCUUGCAUCUGCUGGCUUGCCAUCCGCCCUUCUCCCUGUCACCCGGCCGUACAGCUUUGGCUGGGGCCAGCCGCUACUCACUGCCGCUCCCCCUUCCUCCCACGUACUUCCCUCUCUCCCAACGUCGCCUCCCCCCCGGUCUCUCACUGCCUAG